AUGGAUAUUUAUAACGGAGGACCAGAGGUCUCCAUCAGAUCUCUCAAGAAGGACAGCAUGAAGUUCGUCCUCAGCAACACUGAUCUCAGUGUCGCCAAUGCCCUCAGACGUAUCAUGAUUGCCGAGGUGCCAACCAUGGGUGUGUUCUUUUACGCUCAGGAUCAAGGAUACGAUAUCAACUUUGCCAGAAAAAUGACUAUCGAUAUGGUCGAGAUCGAGACGAACUCAACAGUGUUAACGGACGAGUACAUUGCGCACCGCUUGGGAAUGAUCCCCCUGACGAGCUUCGACGUGGAUAGGAUCCAAUACACACGCGAUUGCACUUGCACUCUCUACUGUCCCAAUUGCUCCGUUGAGCUCACUCUUCACGUCAAAGUUAAUGUGGAUUAUGACGACAUGAACGACCCUACAAUUGACAAAACGAAACAGGUCACCAGUUUGGAUCUUGUCAGCAGCGACGAGAGCGUCAAGCCAGUCUCAGAUGAUAAGGCACACCCUAUUUUGAUCGUCAAAAUGAGACCAGGGCAGGAAUUGAAGCUGAAAUGUGUGGCCAAGAAGGGAGUUGCCAAGGAGCACGCCAAGUGGAGCCCUGUGUAUGGUGUUGCAUUCGAAUACGAUCCCUACAAUAAGCUGAAACACUCACACUACUGGAUCGAGGAAGAUGAGAAACUGGAGUGGGGCGUCUCUGCUAAUGCUGCGGAAGAGACCCCUGUGGAUCCUAAUCAGCCCUUUGACUACAACGCGAAGCCGGAUCGGUACUACAUUGAAGUAGAGACGUCUGGAUGCAUGAAGCCAGAAGAGGUUGCACUUCGCGCCAUGACCAUUAUGCAGGACAAGCUUGGAGGUCUUCAGAUCAAAUUGGAUGACGAGUUCAAGGAGGACACCCAGCGCUGGGGCUACUAA